AUGAAGGCAGAAAGGAUAAGAAUCUACUCUAAGGUGACGCCUGCAGCUGGAUCAGUAACCACGGAAACGGUGAAUCAGCACCCGCCAAAUGUUAGUGGGAGAAAUACCCUGACCUCCAUCACGUCCCUGUCCCCGCACACGCCAACGGCCUCCAUCACGUCCCUGUCCCUGCACACGCCAACGGCCUCCAUCACGUCCGUGUCCCCGCACACGCCAACGGCCUCCAUCACGUCCCUGUCCCCGCACACGCCAACGGCCUCCAUCACGUCCCUGUCCCUGCACACGCCAACGGCCUCCAUCACGUCCGUGUCCCCGCACACGCCAACGGCCUCCAUCACGUCCCUGUCCCCGCACACGCCAACGGCCUCCAUCACGUCCCUGUCCCCGCACACGCCAACGGCCUCCAUCACGUCCCUGUCCCCGCACACGCCAACGGCCUCCAUCACGUCCCUGUCCCUGCACACGCCAACGGCCUCCAUCACGUCCCCGCACACGCCAACGGCCUCCAUCACGUCCCUGUCCCCGCACACGCCAACGGCCUCCAUCACGUCCCUGUCCCUGCACACGCCAACGGCCUCCAUCACGUCCGUGUCCCCGCACACGCCAACGGCCUCCAUCACGUCCCUGUCCCCGCACACGCCAACGGCCUCCAUCACGUCCCUGUCCCUGCACACGCCAACGGCCUCCAUCACGUCCGUGUCCCCGCACACGCCAACGGCCUCCAUCACGUCCCUGUCCCCGCACACGCCAACGGCCUCCAUCACGUCCCUGUCCCCGCACACGCCAACGGCCUCCAUCACGUCCCUGUCCCCGCACACGCCAACGGCCUCCAUCACGUCCCUGUCCCUGCACACGCCAACGGCCUCCAUCACGUCCGUGUCCCCGCACACGCCAACGGCCUCCAUCACGUCCCUGUCCCCGCACACGCCAACGGCCUCCAUCACGUCCCUGUCCCUGCACACGCCAACGGCCUCCAUCACGUCCCCGCACACGCCAACGGCCUCCAUCACGUCCCCGCACACGCCAACGGCCUCCAUCACGUCCCUGUCCCCGCACACGCCAACGGCCUCCAUCACGUCCCUGUCCCUGCACACGCCAACGGCCUCCAUCACGUCCGUGUCCCCGCACACGCCAACGGCCUCCAUCACGUCCCUGUCCCCGCACACGCCAACGGCCUCCAUCACGUCCCUGUCCCUGCACACGCCAACGGCCUCCAUCACGUCCGUGUCCCCGCACACGCCAACGGCCUCCAUCACGUCCCUGUCCCCGCACACGCCAACGGCCUCCAUCACGUCCCUGUCCCCGCACACGCCAACGGCCUCCAUCACGUCCCUGUCCCCGCACACGCCAACGGCCUCCAUCACGUCCCUGUCCCUGCACACGCCAACGGCCUCCAUCACGUCCGUGUCCCCGCACACGCCAACGGCCUCCAUCACGUCCCUGUCCCCGCACACGCCAACGGCCUCCAUCACGUCCCUGUCCCUGCACACGCCAACGGCCUCCAUCACGUCCCCGCACACGCCAACGGCCUCCAUCACGUCCCUGUCCCCGCACACGCCAACGGCCUCCAUCACGUCCGUGUCCCUGCACACGCCAACGGCCUCCAUCACGUCCCCGCACACGCCAAUGGCCUCCAUCACGUCCCUGUCCCGCACACGCCAACGGCCUCCAUCACGUCCCUGUCCCGCACACGCCAACGGCCUCCAUCACGUCCGUGUCCCCGCACACGCCAACGGCCUCCAUCACGUCCCUGUCCCUGCACACGCCAACGGCCUCCAUCACGUCCCUGUCCCCGCACACGCCAACGGCCUCCAUCACGUCCCUGUCCCGCACACGCCAACGGCCUCCAUCACGUCCCUGUCCCGCACACGCCAACGGCCUCCAUCACGUCCGUGUCCCCGCACACGCCAACGGCCUCCAUCACGUCCCUGUCCCUGCACACGCCAACGGCCUCCAUCACGUCCCUGUCCCCGCACACGCCAACGGCCUCCAUCACGUCCCUGUCCCUGCACACGCCAACGGCCUCCAUCACGUCCCUGUCCCCGCACACGCCAACGGCCUCCAUCACGUCCCUGUCCCGCACACGCCAACGGCCUCCAUCACGUCCCUGUCCCGCACACGCCAACGGCCUCCAUCACGUCCGUGUCCCCGCACACGCCAACGGCCUCCAUCACGUCCCUGUCCCUGCACACGCCAACGUCGUCCCCACCCAAGGCCUCCAUCACGUCCGUGUCCCCGCACACGCCAACGGCCUCCAUCACGUCCCUGUCCCCGCACACGCCAACGGCCUCCAUCACGUCCCUGUCCCCGCACACGCCAACGGCCUCCAUCACGUCCGUGUCCCCGCACACGCCAACGGCCUCCAUCACGUCCCUGUCCCCGCACACGCCAACGGCCUCCAUCACGUCCCUGUCCCCGCACACGCCAACGGCCUCCAUCACGUCCCUGUCCCCGCACACGCCAACGGCCUCCAUCACGUCCCUGUCCCUGCACACGCCAACGGCCUCCAUCACGUCCGUGUCCCCGCACACGCCAACGGCCUCCAUCACGUCCCUGUCCCCGCACACGCCAACGGCCUCCAUCACGUCCCUGUCCCUGCACACGCCAACGGCCUCCAUCACGUCCCCGCACACGCCAACGGCCUCCAUCACGUCCCUGUCCCCGCACACGCCAACGGCCUCCAUCACGUCCCUGUCCCGCACACGCCAACGGCCUCCAUCACGUCCCUGUCCCGCACACGCCAACGGCCUCCAUCACGUCCCUGUCCCGCACACGCCAACGGCCUCCAUCACGUCCCUGUCCCUGCACACGCCAACGGCCUCCAUCACGUCCCUGUCCCCGCACACGCCAACGGCCUCCAUCACGUCCCUGUCCCGCACACGCCAACGGCCUCCAUCACGUCCCUGUCCCCGCACACGCCAACGGCCUCCAUCACGUCCCUGUCCCCGCACACGCCAACGGCCUCCAUCACGUCCCUGUCCCUGCACACGCCAACGGCCUCCAUCACGUCCCUGUCCCCGCACACGGCAACGGCCUCCAUCACGUCCCUGUCCCCGCACACGCCAACGCACACGCCAAUGA